AUGUUGGCCCGCGGGCUAAGGUGUCUCUCGGCACGUUGGGCCCAUUCGAACCUACAAAAACCUAUUGAUAUCGCUACAACUUCUAUUGCUCCAGGAAGUAAAGAGGCUUGGGAACGGCGUCUUGAACUAAGAAAACCAAAACUUCAACGAGACGAAGUCCUCUCUUCUAAGGUGUACUACGCUCCUGAAUGGGAGCUCGACAAGAAGCCUAAUAAGGAUGCUGAGUUCCCUGACCCUUUAAGAAAUUACGGGAUUACGCCGGAGAAGUGGGAAUAUUACAACAAGGUGGUAUGGCCUCCCAACUACGUUGUUCCGGAAACAGGAUUACCGAAACUCAGGGAGGUGUUUCACUGCCGAGAAUCAGUGCAUUUCUCUCCGAAACGUAUGUGGCAAGCGUGCCAACUCGUGUGGCGAACAAAUGUCGACUAUGCAAUCACACAACUACAGUUCCAGCAAUUAAAGAGUUGCAAAAUACUUGGUGAGGUGCUAGCGGAGGCCAAAGAACGAGCAGCAAACGAGUUUCACAUAGAAUUUCCUUCCGAUAUGUAUGUGGCGGAUGCUUUUCCUGUUCAGACGAAUAUUAUUAAAGGUACUCGACGUCACGCUCAUGAAAAUUGGUGCACCAUUCGAUAUCGGUAUAUUCACAUUUUUGUUCGACUUGAAGAGGGCGCUCCACCGCCGUUCCGAACACGAGAGAAGCUGAAAAAUGGAUGGGAACAUAUGGAAGCUUAUUAUAGGUAUCUUCGAUCGCGCACCAAGAAAUAUAGCAUAUAA